AUGUCUCACGGAAAUCUUCAAGUUACUGUUGUCGAAGGUCGCAAUCUUAAAGACAAAGAUACUUUUGGUCAAAAUGAUGCAUAUAUUGAAUUAUAUAUGGACAAAGAUUAUAAACAACGAACAUCAACUAUUAAGGAUACCAAUUCACCAGCAUGGAAUGAAACAUUUAACUUUAAUUUAUUAAAAGGACAAGAUAAUUUACAUAUUCAUGUCUAUGAUGAAGAUGUAGUAGGAAAAGAUUCAAUUGGUUCAGCUAAAGUUAGUUUAAAAAAAAUUCAACAAGCUGGUGGACAUUUAGAUGAAUGGGUUAAAUUACCAGCUCAUCUUGGUCUUGGUUCACAUGGUGAAAUUCAUCUUGUUUUACGUCUUUCAUAA